AUGGGGAGGUUGGUGGUGAGGAUGGCGACUUGUACGGUGGGCGGGGUGGUGGUCGGGAGGAGUGAAGAUGAGGAAGGGAGAUGGAGGAAGCAGAUCCAUGGCGGGAGAGAGCUAGGGAGAAAGAGGCGGAGGAGAAGGGAAAUCGGGGAUGUGAUUGGGGCUUUGUUGAUGCGAUUGGGAUUUUUGCAUGUUCUGGAUUUCUUCUUCUUUGUUCUCAAUCGGAGCUUGGAUUGGGUGGAGGGUGGGAAGGUGGAGAGUGGUGCCAGAGAUUGA